GCUGUGCAUGACAGGAUUUGGAAAGGAGAGGGGCUGUGUGUGUGUUUGUGUGUGUGGUGCGCAUGCUUGUGUGUUCUGUGUUUGAUGUUAAGUACACAGCAACAUGCUCUACAUCAAAACACCCACUUCCUCUACUACAAAUUACUGCAGCGCGAGUUUGAUUCAAUUGCCAAACUGUCCAUUGUUUUACAUGGUUGCUUUCUCCAUUUUUGGGAUUACUGAACGCAAUACAGGUGUGAGCAGCCAUGACUAAGUCCUAUGAGUUUAAUUGGCAGAAGCACCUGCCUGGCUUCAUGCAGGAAGGAGCUUCCUUCGACAGGUUUGACGAGGACCCGUUUCUGUUUGAGCCCAACUGUCUGGUCAAAGUGGACGAGUUUGGAUUCUUCAUCACAUGGAAGAGCGACGGAAAGGAGGGCCAGGUUCUAGAAUGUUCUCUGAUCAACAGUAUUCGAGUCGGAGCCGUGCCAAGGGACCCUAAGAUUCUGUCUUCGUUCGAGGCAGCGGGGAAGAAAGAGGAGGAGCUGGAGGGAUGUGUCAUCUGUGUCUGUAGCGGGACCGAUCUCGUCAACCUCUCCUUCAUGUACAUGGUGGCUGACAGCCCAGACACAGCUAGGAAGUGGACGGAGGGUUUGAGGUCAGUGAUCCACAAUUUCCGAGCCAAUAACGUCUGUCCUAUGACCUGCCUCAAGAAACAUUGGAUGCGGAUGUGCUUUCUGACCAAUGUGAACGGCCAGAUCCCAGUGAGAACCAUCACACGGACAUUUGCGUCUGGGAAAACAGAGAAAGGAAUCUUCCAGGCUCUGAAGGAACUGGGGCUGCCUAGCGGGAAGAACGAUGAGAUAGAACACGCAGCGUUCCCCUUCGACAUCUUCUAUGCCCUGACUCAGAAGAUCUGCCCUCGUACUGACAUCGAGGAGCUCUUCAAGAAAAUCAAUGGGGACAAAAGUGAUUUUUUAAACGUAGACCAGUUAGUCAGCUUUCUGAAUGAAAACCAGCGCGACCCGCGGCUCAAUGAGAUCCUGUUCCCCUUCUACGACCCUAAACGAGCCAUGCAGAUCAUCGAGAAGUACGAGAGAGACCCCGACCUCAAGAAGAAAGGCCGUAUGUCCAGCGAUGGCUUCUGCAGGUAUCUGAUGUCAGAUGAGAAUGCCCCAGUGUUCCUGGACUGUCUGGAGCUCUACCAGGACAUGGAGCAGCCUCUGGCCCACUACUUCAUCGCCUCGUCCCACAACACCUACCUGAACGGGAGGCAGUUCGGAGGGAAGUCCUCCGUGGAGAUGUACAGACAGGUGCUGCUCUCCGGCUGCAGGUGUGUAGAGCUGGACUGCUGGGAUGGGAAAGGAGAAGACCAGGAGCCUAUCAUCACUCAUGGCAAGGCCAUGUGUACUGACAUCCUCUUCAAGGACGUGAUCUCAGCCAUCAGGGAAACUGCCUUUGUGACGUCUGACUACCCCGUCAUCCUGUCAUUUGAAAACCACUGCAGUAAACCCCAGCAGUAUAAGAUGGCUCGUUAUUGUGAGGAGAUCUUUGGAGAAUACCUACUGAGGCAUCCCCUUGAGGGAUUCCCUGUUGAGGCGGGUCGUCCCUUGCCUUCUCCCAACGAUCUCAAACGCAAAAUUCUCAUCAAAAACAAACGCUUGAAACCCGAGGUGGAACAGAAGCAGUUAGAGUCUUUUAAGAAGCACAUGGAGGCAGGAGAGACCAACACACCAGCCAUCUUACUAGGAGCAGAGACAGAGGAAGAUGUGGAGAACGCUCUAGGUGACGUGAAGGAGGUGAUUCCUGACUUGAUGACGUGUACAUCAGAGGAACCUAGUGAAGAGAACAGCCUCAGCACCAGUGUCAGUGUCAGCGACAGUGUCAGUGUCAGUGUGAACAAAGACGGAGAGGAGAGGGAGAGGGACAACAGCAUCAAAAAGGUGGUGGAGGAGGAUCCAACAGAGAUGUCUGAGGCCACAGAAGCAACAGACGCCACAGACAUCUCCGAGGCGUCUGAGGAUAACAACAACAAGAAGACUGGCGAGACGACGGAUGACGAGGAGGCUCUGAUUGCCUCGUACACAUACGUAGGAGCCACCACCAACAUCCACCCCUACCUCUCUGCCAUGGUCAACUACGCACAGCCUGUCAAGUUCCAGAGCUUCGACGUCGCAGAAGAGAGGAACAUCCACCACAACAUGUCGUCAUUUAAUGAGUCCGUGGGUCUGGGUUAUCUGAAGACCAACGCCAUCGAGUUUGUCAACUACAACAAGCGUCAGAUGAGUCGGAUCUACCCUAAAGGAGGCAGGGUGGACUCCAGUAAUUACAUGCCUCAGAUCUUCUGGAACGCAGGCUGCCAGAUGGUCUCCCUUAACUACCAGACCCCAGAUUUGGCCAUGCAGUUGAACCAGGGAAAGUAUGAGUACAAUGGAUCCUGUGGGUAUCUGUUGAAGCCAGACUUCAUGCGUCGCUCAGACAGGAUGUUCGACCCCUUCUCAGAGACACCUGUGGACGGGGUCAUUGCUGCUACCUGCAGUGUACAGGUAUUCUCUGGUCAGUUCCUGUCUGAUAAGAAGAUUGGGACCUACGUGGAGGUGGACAUGUACGGGCUGCCCACGGACACCAUCCGCAAAGAGUUCCGCACGCGCAUGGUGAUGAACAACGGCCUGAACCCUGCCUACAACGAAGAGCCUUUCGUCUUCCGGAAGGUGAUUCUGCCAGACUUGGCUGUGCUGCGCAUAGCUGUGUAUGAUGACAAUAAUAAGCUGAUAGGUCAGAGGAUUCUGCCGUUGGAGGGUCUACAGGCAGGAUACAGACACAUCUCUCUACGCAACGAAGGGAACAAGCCUCUGUCUUUACCCACUGUCUUCUGUAACAUAGUACUCAAGACCUACGUACCCGAAGGCUUCGGAGCCAUCGUGGACGCCCUGUCGGACCCGAAGAAGUUCCUGUCCAUAGCAGAGAAGAGAGCGGACCAGAUGAGAGCUCUGGGGAUUAGUGACAUAGCGGACGUGCCAAACGAGAGUUCAAAGAACGACAAGAAAGGGAAGGUGAACGCCAACGUGAAGACCAACGUCACGCCACAGACCAGCUCGGACCCGGCUCAGUCCUCUAAGUCUGCCCAGAACAACACCACGGAGACCAAGAAGGAUACAAACACCCUCGUGCCGCAUGUGAACAUUGAUGACUUGAAACAGAUGAAGACGUACCUUAAACUGACUAAGAAGCAGCAGAAAGAUCUGAACUCUUUAAAGAAGAAGCACGCCAAGGACUGCACCAUCAUGCAGAAGUCCCACUGCACCCAGGUGGACAAGAUGAUCGCUCUGCACGACAAGGAGAAGCAGACACAGGAGAAGCUGCUGGAGAAGGCCAUCAAGAAGCGAGGAGAAAACAACUGUCUGGAGUUGAAGAAGGAGACUGAGAGUAAAGUGGAGAACCUGACCACAGACCACAAAACCAAGGUGAAGGACAUCACAGCCCAACACACUAAGGAGUGGUCAGAGAUGAUCAACUCCCACAGCAGUAUUGAGCAGGAUAUGAAGGACAUCCACGUGGUCCAGCAGUGUGAAAACCUCAAGAAACUACUGAGUGGAGUCCAGGAACAACAGACUCUCUCGCUCAAACUGAUCCACGAACGGCAGAGCAAGGAGAUGCGGGCCAACCAGGCCAAGACGUCCAUGGAGAACAGCAAGGCCAUCAGCCAGGACAAGACCAUCAAGAACAAGGCCGAGAGGGAGAGGAGAGUUAGAGAGUUGAACAGCAGCAACACCAAAAAGUUCCUUGAGGAGAGGAAAAGGUUGGCUAUGAAGCAUCAGAAGGAGAUGGAGACACUGGAGAAGUCUCAGAAAGAACAGCUAGAGGAACUGGACAAGUUCAAUGAGCAGCUUUUGAAAUCACAUCAUGCCAAUAAACAGUGUCAAGGCCAAGGACAUCCAGCAGAUGGUGAAGCUGGAGGAGGAGAUGGACCGCAGACCAGCCACAGUGGUUUAACCACUCCCACCACCUGAGACACACACAGAAACACACACACACACACUGCCCAGACCAGCCACAGUGGUUUAACCACUCCCACCACCUGAGACACACACAGAAACACACACACACACUGCCCAGACCAGCCACAGUGGUUUAACCACUCCCACCACCUGAGACACACACAGAAACACACACACACACUGCCCAGACCAGCCA